GUGUGUGUGUGUGUGUGUGUGUGUGGUUUUGCAGCGGCUCUUAAGCACCUCGGACAGCGCCAAGCGGCACAGACGCACUUCUGCAAGCGGAGGAACUUCAUCCGUGCGCAAAGGCAGAUUCUUCCAUCCUCCUCCAGUUACAAGGACUUUUUUAAAAUCUCUUCUGCCUGCAACUUGCUGUCCCUUCUGCUUGGACUUACUUGUUCGGAUAACCUCUCUUUCCCGGCCGGGGAUGAGGCGGUAGAGCCGCGCCGUCCUCGGAGCACCGAGACGCGGACUCCCGUCUCUCUCUCCAUCUCCGUCUCUCUGUCGCCGCCUCCUCCUGCCGGAGCUGGAGAGAUGCCCGGGGCAGGAUGUGCUCCAGCCGCAAGAUCCUGUGGAGCCUGCUCCUGCUGUCCUUGGUGGAGGUGGGCCUGGGUGUGGCGAGCAUCGUCCUGGGAGCCGUGGGCAUCAGCUGGGUCCAGGGGCGGGCGCAGCAGGGCGACGCUUCUCCGGUGUGGAGUGGACUCUGUUUUCUGGUCUGUGGGAUGUGUGGAGUGCUCUGCGCUCGAAAGAGGACGGGUCUCAUCAUGAUCCUUUUCUCCGCAUGCUGCAUCUGCGGUCUGAUUGGUGGGAUCCUCAACUUCCAGUUUGUUCGGGCCCUAGACAAACAGAAGAACUCGAUGCACUCGAUCCACCUGGCUGCGAUGACUCUGGCCUGUCUGGGGAUCUCGUCCUGUACUUUAUCCACGUGGCUGACCUGCCGCCUGGCCAGCUCCGAGCAGCAGAGGAUGUUCCUGGAGAGGGAACACUCACUGCACCACUCACACGAGAUGACGGAGAAGGUAGGAAACGACACCCAGAAUAAGCUUGAGAUCCUGGACAACUCCAGUAAUGGCAUCCCUCAGAUCUCCUACAACGGACACACCGCAUCGUCACCUUGAUGACGUCUCACACUCAGAGGCGACUUGCACACGCUGAAACAGAGACGGUUGCAGCUUGAGCUUCACUCCUCUACAUAUCCUGCAGCAUUUAACUGUAUCCUGACCGCAGGGAGUGAACCAGGCGCCUUGGAACCCUUUUGUCUGCCAAUGGAGUUAGAUGGGUGGCAUGAUGGUUCUGAAUUAUUAUGCAAACGUGGGUUCAAAGACCCUCUGCUCAACUGAAACCAAAGCCGGGAUGCUGAGCUGCCGUUUAAGUCAGGUGAUGAAGCAUCUCUGUGACGUCAGCUGAUCCUUAACCUAAUGAGGACACAGAAUAGAUUUUAUCCUCCCGGAUCCUUUGAAGUGAUGAGCACAAGCCAAGCAUGCAGCUGAUUCAUUUGUUUGGAAGAGCUACUGCUAUUUCAGUCUCAUUGUCCUUCUCCCUCUGUCUUCUUCUUGGUUUAUGGAAUGCAGAUCCUGAGAUAAGCCUCCAGUAAACUGUAUGUAUCAUCUGAUAAUGGAAUGCUUUGACAUGAAAAUACAAUACGAUAUGCUGUACUGUAUAUCCAUGCUUGUAUAUCAGGUAUCUAUAAAUCAGACAUAUUUUUAUAAUGCUUCUUAUAAAGUUAAUUAAAGUAUGACUAAUCGGA